UGUGAUUUUGAAAACUGAGCAACUCCCCGCGGUUGCUGGUGUCCGCCGCACAGAGGCGCCAGCGGUGCACGAGGAAGACGUCUAAUUGGCGUGGAAGAAAAACAUUGAUCGGUGUGUGGCUUUUGUUAUCGUGCAAUUCUCUGGGUGAGAUUAUGUAAAAUUCGCUGCUUCCUCCGCGCCAGAAGUCAUCGCAAAGUGUGUCCACGAUGGUGAAGUACUACGAGGAGCGGACCACGUUCAACUUCAACUGGGAGCAGGUGGCGCAGGCCUUCUGGCAGAAAUACCCAAAUCCACACAGCAACCACGUGCUGACCGAGGACACGGUGCAGCGCGAGAUCCGCGACGGGAAGCUGUACAGCAAGAGGCUCCUGUCCAAGACGAAUCGCGUGCCGAAGUGGGGCGAGCGCUUCUACAACGCCAAGUCCGUGAAGAUCGUGGAGGAGUCCGUGUGCGAUCCCAGCACGCGCACACUGGUCACGUACACGCGCAACAUAGCAUUUACCAAGAUCAUGAGCGUCACCGAGAAGGUGGUGUACGUGAGCAGCCGCGACAAUCCCGGCAAGACUGUGGCUCUGCGCAGUGCCUGGAUCGACUCGCAGGUGUUCGGCUUCUCGCGCGCGAUCUCCGCCUUCGGCCUGGACCGCUUCAAGAAGAACUGCAGCAAGAUGGCCAACGGCUUCGACUGGGUGCUGCACCGGCUGUACCCAAAUCCCACCUCCGCCCACCUGCACAGCGCCACCAAGGCGCAGAAGAUCAAGGACGCCGCGCGCUCGGCGUCGGACCACGUGAAGGCGCAGGCGGAGCACAUCUACCAGGCCUACUCGGUGAAGAACUGAGCGCGCCAUUCCGCCGGGAGCCCGCAUUCAUUCCACAGCCACUUCCUCCGCCGCUCGCGCUGCCGAUGCGGCGCUUCCGGGCCACCACAGUGAGGCACACUCUCUAUGCAAUCCUCUGGGAAUUCGGGGUUGGGAAACCGUAGCGACUUAUGGUCAGAAUUGUUCAUGGAAUAAACCAAGUUUAUGCGCUUAUUAGAACAUCCGC